CGCGCCGCGCGCCGCCGCGCCGACCGAAGCCAACCAGUGUUACAUCUUUUCUAGUACGCGGCCGACAGCUUGCGAGCGCGCUCACAGCUACCCGCUCCGAAAAACGUUUUUUAUCGCGAUCGAAAGCGCCGUCCGAAGUACGAGCCCGCCGCCGUGAAGUCCGUGAAGCUCACCCGCGAACGCCCCUUUCUACGAUCCCGUUACCGUGCUGUGCAGUGUGUAUGAUCGUUUUCCAUUUCGACCUCGUUUAUGUGAGUGUGAUUUUGCUGGACGCGGGGCUCCGGCUUUCUAACGGGCGCAUAGGACGAGCGGCCGAAUCGAUGAGCGCCCGCGUUCGGCCACAAUGACAGCUCGCCCAUUGAUCGGGCUCAAUUCAUCCGAAUGGUGAUUGGAUGACGAUCUCCGCCCGCUCCCCCAGCAAGGAGCCGUCGCCACCGAAGCAGAUCAACUUCGCGGAGCCCCUCGUCGAGUCGGUGCGCGUGUACCUGGCCAAUGAGCUGCCGCCCAAGCAGCUAGCGCUCGUACCGCCCGCCCCCGCGCCCGCCGCCGCGCCCGCGCCCGCCUGCGAUGUGGACAUAGCCUCGCACACCGCGCGCGAGGACAUCAAGGGCAUCAACUUCGAGCGGCUGAAGCGGAAUGACCUAAACAACAACGCGUCGCGGCAGCAGCAGCGCCCCGCCGAGAUGCCGAGCCAGGCCGAGCUCAUGCAGCGGCAGCCGCUGCUGGCGCGCGCCGCCAAGAAGGACGCGCCGCCGCCCGACGAGUCCGACCCCGACCAGGAGCACUCGCCGCAGCGCGCGCUGGCCGGCGACUUCGUCGUCGAGAUCCCGCCCGGCGCCGUGCGCGAGGAGCGCUACCCCAAGGAGAUCUGGAAGACCAUCGUCUCCUUCUUCUUCCUGUUCACGUGCGUGUGCGUCAACAUGAUGUCGCUGUCGCUCGUGCACGAGCGCCUGCCCGACCGGAACACGACGCAGCCGCUCAACGACAUCAUCCUGGACAACAUCGAGGCGAAGGACUGGGGCCUCGCCGUGUCCGAGUACCUGAUCAUGAUCUCGACGACGGUGGCCAUGCUGGUGGUCGUGUUCCACAAGCACCGCUUCAUCGUGGCGCGCCGCCUGUUCCUCAUCAUCGGCCUGCUGUACCUGUACCGCUCGGUCACCAUGUUCGUGACCGUCAUGCCGGUGUCCAGCAAGACGUACUACUGCAGCCCGAAGAGCAACAACACCACGCCGCUGCUGGUGAUCAAGAGGAUGUUCUACUUGAUAUCCGGCUUCGGGCUGUCGAUCAACGGGAAGCACACGUACUGCGGGGACUACAUAUACUCGGGGCACACGAUGGUGCUGGUGCUGAGCUACCUGAUCGUGGCGGAGUACUCGCCGCGCAAGCUGUGGCCCGUGCACUGGGCCAUGUGGGGCUCGGCGCUGCUGGGCGUGGGCUUCGUGCUGCUGGCGCACGGCCACUACACGGUGGACGUGGUGAUCGCGUACUACGUGACCACGCGGCUGUUCUGGACGUUCCACUCGCUGCUGGUGACGCCGCACCGCGCCGGCUCGGGCUACAACGUGUACAUGGUCCAGCGCGAGUGGUGGUACUGGCUGUUCGCGUACCUGGAGCGCAACGUGCGCGGGCCGGUGCCGCGGCGCUACGACUGGCCGCUGCCGUGGCCGCGCACCAAGCUGUUCAGCCGGCUCAGCUAGUGACGCGCGCGCGCGCCGGCGCCGGAGCGCGUGUGACGCUCACCUUCUGCGAGUGCCGCUUGAGCACCUGCAGCUCCUUGGGG